AGAGCUGACGGUGAGAUGUUCCUGAAGUUACGAUAUGCUUCGUUAGUGAUAGUGAUUUGAUCAUUUUAAAGCUUUUUUCUCCACACAAACACAUAUAAUUACAUCGAUAACAUCUAGCGGAAGAACAGAUGUCAUUGUGAUCGCGAGAAGACCGUUUGAAUUCAGAUUAAAACGGAACACUUUAUUGAGGGUUGGUAAAAAUAUAUAUUUAAGCUAACGAGAGACAGCCACCAUGUCGUGGGAAGAAUUUCCUUGUUCGCUGGACUCGCCUCAAGCCGCCUUGUUCUGUGAUUGAGCUGGUAAAUAGAAAGGUAAAGGGAACUUCUUACUCAAGAGUCAAUGAGGCUUACAAGUUUCAAUACAAGUUAGUGCACACCAGAUUUAUCUAGCUUGCUAGCUCGUAAGCUAUGGCGGACAGCUUUGGAGAAGAGUACAGCGGCAGUUCCCAUGACUUAGGCGUUCCCGGACAAGGUAGCGGUGCCUUCCCACUGCCCACUUUAGCCAACUCUUUGCCGGGGGAACAUCCUGCAGCGAGCGGUGCGCACCCUAGCCCGAACUCGGCCUCUCCUUCUCCGACUACAGCGGCGCUGGGUGGCCUGACCGCUGUAGUGUCCCCUAUGUCCGCUGUUACCUCUUCUGCUACCGGGUUUGGGAACACAUUUACCUCCGGCUCUUCGAUACCUGUCGUGGCCGUGUCCCCGAUCGUACACACGUCCUCACCCCUGUCCGGUGUCGGCCUAGGGGUGGCUGGGUUGGCAGGAGGGGGCCUCCUGUCCCAAAUCCACGCCACUUCCUGGGACCCGACUCUUAGUGCAGACUGGGACAACGAGAAGGCAUCCCAGCAAUGCAUUUUGAGGAUAAAGAGGGAUAUUAUGUCCAUAUACAAGGAACCCCCCCCUGGGAUGUUUGUUGUUCCGGAUCCUCAAGACAUGACCAAGAUCCAUGCUCUGAUCACAGGACCGUUCGACACACCGUAUGAGGGCGGCUUCUUCCUUUUCUUGUUCCGCUGUCCUCCUGACUAUCCCAUCCAUCCACCUCGGGUGAAGCUCAUCACAACCGGACAAAACACAGUGCGUUUUAACCCCAACUUCUACCGCAACGGCAAGGUGUGCCUCAGCAUCCUGGGGACGUGGACUGGCCCUGCAUGGAGUCCAGCACAGAGCAUAUCAUCUGUCCUCAUCUCCAUCCAGUCCCUGAUGACGGAGAACCCCUAUCACAAUGAGCCCGGCUUCGAGCAGGAGCGCCACCCAGGGGACAGUAAGAAUUACAACGAGUGUAUCCGCCAUGAGACAAUGAGGGUGGCUGUAUGUGACAUGCUGGAAGGCAAAGUUCCCUGUCCUGACGCUCUGAGCAGUGUGAUGGAGAAAUCCUUCCUAGAAUACUACGACUUCUAUGAAGGAGUCUGCAAAGAGAGGCUGCAUCUGCAGGGUCAGAACAUGCAGGACCCAUUUGGUGAGAAGCGUGGCUGUUUCGAUUACCACAGCCUGCUGGCUCGCCUCGGCGCCACUCACAGACGAAUACGAGAAAAAAACCUGGCAGACGAUAACCGGAACGACAACAACUCGGACUCAGACACCAGUUCUUCCGAAACGGACCUGGACAGCCAGGGCAGCUCCCAGCCCUGAGUCUCCGGCUGGUUUUGAACUGAUCAGAACUUUAGUUCUUGUUUUGCCUCUUUUUCUUUUUAACUUGUUGAUUUGUGUGGAGGAACAUGACGUAUUAUGAUGGGAUGUCAUUGUCUAUGGCUUCACCAGCCAAGAUGAAUCCAGGGCUUAUAGCUAAAUGAUUCUGCCACUGUGGGCUGAGGGAACGGUUCCAUGGUCCUGUUGUUCUCCCACUGCUUCCUGCUAGUUUAAUGGGGACUGGUCUUACCAGGUUUGUUUGUUCAACCUUUGCAGCUAAUUGGUUAACUUUACUUUGUUUUACUUGGAUAAAAAAAAACAAACAAUAAAACUGUAAAACCCAACUUCAAAUUAUUUCUCCAAGCAAGAAGAGAGUCAUGGUGAUUAGAAAGUCCAUUAUUGCUUGAAUAAGCUGGAGCAGAAGUUAGGCACUCCUUCGUUGGAGCCUUGGUUUGUUGUUUUUUUGUGAAGAAAGAUCUUGUUAACAGAGGAAGACAGAGAGUAACCCUGUUGGCUAAUUAAGUGAUGUGCCUUGUCUCCUCUGGGUGAAUCGAAGUCAGUCUGGACAACAAGGUUGCAGAAAAAACAUCUGUAUUUGUUCCAACAAGUGUUCUAGUGUAUUAUAAAAAUGCUCAGAUUCCUUUAAGAUUUUUGGGAUUGACUAGUUGUCAAUAAGCCAGAAAUGAAUUUACUAUCAGAUAUAUAAUGAAACUGUUUGAAUCUUAAUUGGACUCAUUUUCCAUCAGAUAUAUUUUGUAUGGCUUUUUUCCUCAGUGCUGUACAAAAACAACUGGUGAGUACAGUGUGCAGAAUUAAUUGUUCUUGUCUAUUUUUUUUGUUUCUUUUGCUACUGAAAUACGAACCAACAGUUCAGUUGUUCAGCUACAUCCAUCAGACAAGAAGAUCCAAAAUCCAAAAGGAACACUCCAAGUAACACUUCAGUUCUGUUUAAGGCAGUGUAACACAAUAAUAGUGAUUUUCGUUUAAUCUCUUAACAUACUUAAAAGUGUCAAAUCAAUAAUUAAAAAGAUAAAUCCUCACCAGUGAUGGUCAUUAUUUAAAAAUAACAGCAUUUGCAUUUCAGUAUCAUCAUGUAUCAGACUGUCUGCUCUCAGUUGAUAUUUGUUGAAAAUGCACCUUCAUCAUUGGGCUUGAAAGGAAACGUGUUCACUGCCCUUUUCCACUUCAGCAAAAUGUUUUGGCCAAUAAACGAUUGUUUUCCCAAAA